UAUGUAAAGGAGGGGGUUAUCUUUUAUAUAUGUGUGAUGUUAAUCUCGCAAUGCAUAUAUACAGAUGAACAUAACAUUAAAAAAAUGUUCCCAGCAAAUUGGACAUCUGUAACAGUAUUUUUCCUCCUGGGAUUUUCUCACUACCCCAAAGUUGAGGUCGUCGUAUUUGUGGUGUGCUUGCUGAUGUAUCUGUCCACCUUGCUGGGCAAUGUUAUUCUGAUCUCCAUCAGCAUCCUAGAUUCCCGCCUGCACACCCCUAUGUACCUCUUCCUCAGCAAUCUCUCCUUUCUGGACAUCUGGUACACCUCUUCUGCGCUCACUCCAAUGCUGGCAAACUUUGUUUCAGGAAGAAACACCAUUUCAUUCACAGGAUGUGCUACUCAGAUGUACCUCUCCCUUGCCAUGGGCUCCACUGAAUGUGUGCUCCUGUCCAUGAUGGCAUAUGACCGGUAUGUAGCCAUCUGCAACCCCCUGAGAUACCCUAUCAUCAUGAAUAGGAGGACAUGUGUGCAGAUUGCAGCUGGCUCCUGGGUGACAGGCUGUCUCACUGCCCUGGUAGAAACGAUGUCUGUGCUGCCACUGUCUCUCUGUGGUAAUAGUAUCAUCAAUCAUUUCACUUGUGAAAUUCUGGCUGUCUUGAAAUUGGUUUGUGUGGACACCUCCCUGGUGCAGUUAAUCAUGCUGGUGAUCAGUGUACUUCUUCUUCCCAUGCCAAUGCUACUCAUUUGUAUCUCUUAUGCAUUUAUCCUAGCCAAUAUCCUGAGAAUCAGCUCAGUGGAGGGCCGAAGCAAAGCCUUUUCAACGUGCACAGCCCACCUGAUGGUGGUAGUUUUGUUCUAUGGGACAGCUCUCUCCAUGUACUUGAAGCCCUCCACUGUAGAUUCACAGGAAAUAGAUAAAUUUAUGGCUUUGGUAUAUGUUGGACUCACCCCCAUGUUGAAUCCUAUCAUCUAUAGUCUACGGAACAAAGAGGUGAAAGUGGCCAUGAAAAAAUUGCUGAUUAGAAACCCUUUUAAUACUGCCUUCAUUUCCAUCCCCAAAUGAUACUGGAACAAUCACAUUCAUAUAAAUAAUCAACAUUACCCAGAAAAUUGCAUAAUAGUUUACUUAAACCAACCCUGGAAAAUACUCAUUUUCAAUAGGAGUUUACUAUUAUGUUC